GUGCAUGCAUUUCAUAUAUCCCGAGAAUCCAAGCACCAGCAAUAGUAAUCGGACCUUGAAAGUGCUAACAGGUCAUCUGGACUCAUCCUUUCAAGCUCAUUUUGCCUCCAUGAAGCAAAAUUAUUUCGAUGAGGAAACAACAAGAGUUGCAUAUACUGAUUGAGUAAUUAUGGAAGUUACCCAAGAUAUGCUUUUGCUAGGUACUUGAGUGAGUUGCUGAGCUUGCUGGUUUUCAUUAAUGGAGGAUAUUUUGCUGUAUCUCUGCGCCAAAAAUCAAAGAAUUUGAGUAGAUGGCUGAGCUAAAGCUUGUUAUGGAUGGAUUGGACUCGAUUGAGCUAGGUGGUCACUAUGUGCCACACAAGGACAUAUUCAUCGUAACGUCCCCAAGGAGUCCCUUGAGCGGUGCGCACAGUCCUGAAAGUGAUUCUAUUGGGCUAGUCUUGGAUGGAGUUGUUAAGAACUCUAUAGAGCAGCUCUAUAGCAAUGUCUGUGACAUACAGAGCUCGGACCAGUCGCCUUCGCAGUAUAGCAUGCUGUCCUAUGGCCACGAUUCAAGAAUUGAUUCGGAACUGAGGUAUUUUGCUGGAGGGGAAUAUGCUGAUGUUGAGACAACAAAGGAGAUAGUGUUGAUGAACAAUGAACCAGUGGAAACUAAAGUUCCUGCUGAGAUAGAAAAUCGACAGAGUAGUGAAAAGGCUGUGAAAUGUAAGAAAAUCCCCUCGUUUACCAAUGCUAAAUCUUCACAUAUCCACUCUGGAAAACCCCAAAUUGUGAGUUCAAGGAGAAAGUCUUUACGUGAUGGGUCUCCUCCUGUUAAGAAUGUGAAAACAGGGAGUCCAUUAGGAGUGGUGAAGCAGGUGAAUAAUUCCAAGGUUUCUUCCGAGGGAGGAUAUCUUGGUCCUUAUUUACUUAAAAGGACGAGAGAUUUGCUUUCUUUGGGGAAAGAUUCUGAGAAAGUUCUUGCAUUGGCGCUACGAGCAAAGAAUGCAUUUGAGGCUUGUGCAGAUGGGAAGCCAAAUUUGGAGUUUGUUAUGUGCUUACAUGUUGUAGCAGCGCUGUACUGCAGUAUGGGGAAGCACAAUGAGGCAAUUCCGCUUCUUGAGCAUUCGGUUGAGAUCCCCAUAAUGGAUGAAGGCGAAAAUCAUGCACUUGCUAAGUUUUCUGGGUGUAUGCAGCUAGGGGAUACAUAUGCAAUGCUUGGCCAAAUUGAGAAUGCUAUAGUGUGGUACACAGCAGGUUUGGAGAUUCAAAUGCAAGUUCUAGGAGAAAACGACCCUCGAUUUGGAGAGACUUGCAGGUAUGUAUCUGAAGCUCAUGUUCAGAUUUUGCAAUUUGAUGAGGCUGAGAAGCUUUGUCAGAGAGCUCUUGACAUAUAUAAGGAUAAGGGGUCGCAGGCUUCUCUGCAACAAGCCGCUAAUAGUAGACUUAUGGGACUCAUCUGCGAGGCAAAAGGAGAUUAUGAAACUGCCCUUGAGCAUUAUGUCUUGGCAAGCAUGUACAUGGCUGAAAAGGGUCAAGAAGCAGAUGUAGCAUCUAUUAAUCGCAACAUUGGUGAUGCUUAUCUAAAUUUGGCAAGGUAUGAUGAUGCUAUUUUUUCUUAUCAGAAAGCGCUCACCAUGUUUAAGCCCGCUAAAGGAGAAAAUCAUCCAUUAGUUGCUUCAGUUUUUGUUCGCCUGGCUAAUUUGUACAACAAGAUCGGGAAAUGUAGUGAAGCAAAAUCUUACUGCAAAAAUGCACUUAGAAUUUACAUGAACCCUGUCCCCGGUAGUUCCCUGGAAGAGAUUUCUAGUGGCCUAAUCGAAGUUUCUGGCAUCUAUGAAUCUUUGAAUGAUUUAGAUCAGUCAGUAAGUUUACUGCAUAAGGCUUCCAAAUUAUAUGAUGGCAACGUGUGCCACCAAAGCACAUUGGCUGUAAUUGAAGCCCAGAUUGGAGUAUUGAAUUUUAUGAAACAGAAUCAUUCUGAAUCUUACAAAUGCUUAAAGAAUGCUAUUGCAAAGUUUAGGUCUGUUGGUGACAACAAAUCUGCAUUAUUUGCUACCACUCUAAACCAAUUGGGACUUGCAUGCCUACGUCUGGAUGUGCUCGAUGAAGCUGCAAAUAUGUUUGAAGAGGCAAGGAGCAUCUUGGAGGCUGAAUAUGGACCGUAUCACCCUGACUCACUUGGAGUCUAUAGGAAUCUUUCAGGCACUUAUGAUGCCAUGGGCAGGAGGAGUGAUGCAAUUGCAAUCUUGGAACUUAUAGUUGCGACAAGUGAAGAAAAGCUUGGGAUAGCAACUUCUGAUGUGGAAGUUGAUAAGAUGAUGUUAUCUGAAUUAGUAAAAGAAGCAGGCCCACUUAGGAACAGGAGAUACAGGUCGUCUGAAACCCUCCUCGACACCAAUGCCACUUUAGUACCAGAAGAAUAAAUAAAGGAAUUUGUGAUGAAACAACAAUUAUUUCUUAAAUUUAAGUAAGUUGAAAGUAAAUACUAGGUGGUUGAUUUAUUUGUUUAGUUUCUGUUGCAAAAUUUAUAAGCAACUUAAUUAUGUUCUGAUGGAAAAGGUAUUGUAUCUAGUUGUGUAAGUUGAUGAAAUUUAUUUGUGAAUAAGUUCUUUCCUUUUGCUAUUAUUUGGACAUAAUAAAAUGGUUAGUUUACUGAUUAAGAAGAAGAA